AUGUUAGAAAGGGCGCGUGCGAGGCAAGAGAAAAUUGAUCAAAAGUUGGUAAAUUCUGGACAGACGGUCCCUAAAAGGAAACCUUUAGCCGAAAACGUUGGUAUCGUUAAACCGCAAUCAUCCCCUAUCAAAUCGCCUGCUAAAGUAACAAAAGAUUCAAUGCUUUCACCGAAAAAACCAUCAAGAGAAUCUUUAAAGACUGAUAUGCAAAGGAAAAGCACGCACCAAUCGGAUGUAGUCAUCGCGUCUCCCAAGAAAAACAGUGAUGUAGUUGUGACGAAAAAGGAGUUCAAAAGCUCUAACAGGGGGAGUUUAAAUAGACGCAACUCUGACGUAUCUGUUGAGAUUAAUAUUUCACACAGAAAUGAUAUUCAAAUUGAAGUUCAAGUUGAAGAGAGGGAGAUACCUAUUAGCAUAGUCUAUGACCCCAGCUUGGAAAAGAGCAAUAAUGUUGUAAUUAAAGAAAUUGAAGAUGACAACUCCAAGGCAAUCCUGGAGAAGGAAUCAAGUGACCAGGCCGACGCUAAAACCGAGAGACCUGCAUUAAGGCACAACAUAAAAUCGCGGCUAGACAGAUUAGGAAACCUAUAUUCCGACGCACCCAACCUGUCAUCGCCGAUACAUCGCACGGAGAUGGAGUUCAACUCUGCGACCCCGCCUCCGGCUUGUCAGCCACCGAAAGAGCCCAAGCCGACUCAAGACGGCAAGAAGAAAUUCGGCAGACUUGCCGCUUUAGCCGACCAGAUCAACAAUUGGGAGGACGACCUAUCGCACCAUAGCUUUAAUCCCGAACCAAAGAAGAGUCAACCGCAGCCGAGGAAUGCGAGAAACGAUAAGCUCGAAUCUUCUACCCUGGACUUGUCUAUACAUUCCUUCAAAGACAUAAAUAAAGCACUGAAGUACACGGCCGUUCCUAAUAAGACCGCGAUGCCGAACAACGGUCGUAGCUACGCCAAACCGGUCAACGAGUGUCAACGUCUUGAGAAGCAAAUAGUCGCGGAAUUGGAGCCGAGGCGCGCGCCGCCAACCCCCAGUGCCGCCGCAGCCCCCAAGAUGGCGACAACGGUCGCCGCCGCGCCGCCCGCCAGCACGGCGGCGGUGACGAAGAGGCCGUCCUUGAAGAAGUACCGCGCACCGACGCCGCCUCGGAACCAGAACGUAGACGAGAACAGUGACAGUGAUAGAGACAAGGAGAACAAAGCGCUCCCGGCCGAGGGCGACACCGAAGCGCCGGAAUGUUGUGUGCAAACGAAAGCGGAGGACGAGGCGCCCACUCCGGAGAAGGGGUCGCCGGCGGUGAGGAGGCCGGCGAACAGGCUGAACGGCAACGUCGAUCGCGGCUCGGUGCUGUCCAGGGCCGCGAUGUUCGAGGCCGGCAGCCCCAAGGCCAAGGAGAAGGACCCCGCCGAAAUGUCGCUGAGGGAACGCAAGGCGCUCUUCGAAAAGAACAAGGGGACGGCGAUUGUACCCAAGGCGCCCUUCGGUCUCGCACCCUCCGUCAAAACGCUGCAAGGGGAUAAAGCCGACAAACCGCGCACGGCACAGAACACGAAAGCCCAGUCGGAGACGACGCCAGUACACUCGUCCGGUUCCAGGACGAAUCUCUCCAGCAACUCUAGGACCAGCUCUAAAGCCAGCAUUAACGAGGACUCUGUCAGCCAGAGCUCCCUCGGCGGCGGUAUAAAGGGCAAGCUGGCGGCCCUCUUCAACAAGGAACAGACGAUAAGCGAGACGACUAUCGCGAACAAGUUCAAACAGGAGAGGGAGAAGGAGAUGGAGAUGUUGCAGAACAGAUUCCACUACAAGCCUAAGGCGGAAGAAACUCAACAGAACAAUGAUUCUGACGAUGAUCAGAGUGAAAACGACCCUUCGGAGAAGGCCCCCCUCAUGGGCAGCACCACCAGCCUAGCGCUGGCCGGCAAGAAGCCGGAGAUAGUGUCCAACUUGCCCAAGGUCACGUUCGACGACAAGGAUACCACGCCCACCGACAAAGAUGACAAGGUUGUCGCCUCGCAACCAAUUAAGAGGAGAAGUUCUCAGGACUCACAGGUGGUGCUGUCCGUGCUGGAGGACGUGAAGAGGAUAAAGGUGAACAACAACACUAAAGAGACGAAUGGCUCGGCGCUGCCACAGGCCAGCAUAUACCCGCACCUCUCAGACAUCGAGACGGACCACUCCAACUCCCAGGAGGAGUACUCCGACUGCGGCGGAUCCAGCGGGGACAAAGCAGCACAGGAGAACCUAAAUAAAUCGGACAAUUGGGCAGAAACGUCCUUCGGAAGGGAGGUUAUGAACGUUGUGAAGAAAAACAACACUAGCUACAAGAAGGCGGUGCGGGAGUACGACACGGACAGCUCUCACAGCGCGUGCGACAGCGAGCUCGACGAUCUGCUCGACGAGGCGUUGGAGGAAGGCGAGGGGCCGACACCGCCUAAAGUAAACAAGGGCCUGUCUUCCUCGAGCUUUGUGUAUGAGGAACGUGCCAAGUUCAAGUCCCCGGUGAAGGUGCCACCUGCUAAUACGCCAGCCAGGCACGACCGCGGUGCGGAGCUAGUUCACAGCGUCAGUUUCUACAGACGGAUGCAAAACGCCUCGAGCACCCCGUCGACGCCCAUGCGGGUGAUCAGGCACGGUUCGCCCGAGCGCGAGGUGCCGCCCACGCCCGAGCAGCCUGUCGCCAGCGUGACCACAGUGCGGGAGCGCAUCAAGGAGCUCCAGAGCGAGAUAGCCAAGCAGCAAACCAUCAUAUCGCAGGCAAGUCAAGCAUUGAAUCUCUGCGCGGCUACCAUAGAGUUCUGCGGUUCCACAGAGCAGGCUGAAGGCGAAAGACUCUUGCUUUUAGCCACGCACCGGCGGCAGGCGUGCGUGCACGAGGUGCAGCGUCUGCAGGUGGAGGGCGCCGGGCCGGCCGCCGCUGCCGGAAUGGCCUCCCUCCACCUGAACGGGAUCGGGGUUCCGCUCCGGCGGGACUACGUGCGGCAUCUGAACGCAGAUGGCGCGGUAGGUCAUCACGCGGUGUGUCUUCUGAAAUGCCGCGACAGAGUUCUUGCAACCAGCAUGCAACUUACGCAGCCCACGAGCAGUUUGCUGCAUUUCCCGGACGAGAUACGCAUGGACGGACUCGCCAGCGAUUUUAAGGUCACCGUUGAAAUCUACCUAUUGCAAGCAUCAAAAGAGAUCCUGCCACAUGAUGUCAAAUACCACAUCACAAAUAAGAAGUCCAAUUCCAAACUGCUGACUCCGAAGUCGAAGGUAUCCGAGCUGAAGGCGCCCCGAGUCCAGAGUCCAGCGGGACCACACUCCGUUCGGAGUCCGCAGUUCCAAUUGCACGGCUACUGCAUCUUCGCAUUGCAGCAGUCUUCAAGGAAAUGUUUCACUUUGAAUAAGGUGCCGUGCGGCAGCCCGCUGGAGGGCGCCCUGAACGUGGAGAUCCGCGCGCGGCUGCGCGUGGCCGCGCCGGCGCCGCACUCGGCCUUCCUCACGGCCUUCGACGACGUGUCGGGCCUGGGCGCGUGGCACCGCCGCUGGUUCCGGCUGCUCGCGCCGCGCCUCCAGUACUGGAAGUACCCGGACGACGCCACCAGAAAGAUGCCGAUCGGCGACAUAGACCUGACUACGGUGGUCAGCGAGAGGGUCGUGCGGGCCCCCAGAGAUCUCUGCGCUCGGCCCAACACCUUGCUGCUCGAGACGUCGGUGCCGGCGGGUAUGGCGUCAACAGACGGCGGGUCGUUGAUAUACGCGCUGAGGCCAGACGGCCAACUGGUGCGCAGACAUCUACUCGCCGCCGACACGCCAAGGGAUAGGGACGAGUGGUUAGAAUGCCUCAACCGAGCCCUGGAGUACGUGCGCUGCUGCGGUGCAGACGACGAG